AUGGAAAACUGUUUUGGCUCCCUGGAGACAAACAACUUCCGCCUUUUUACUCCUGAAUCUCUGGCCACCAUUGAAAGGCUGAUCGAGGAGGAGAAACAUAUGAACAAUGUGAAGGAGAAGGAACGAGAGGAGGAGGAAAAGAAAGAAUCAAAGGCCGGAGCUGAGAAGCCCCGACCCCAACUAGACCUGAAGGCCUACAACCAGCUGCCCAAGUUCUAUGGCGAGCUUCCCCCAGAAUUAGUGGGGGAGCCUCUGGAGGACCUGGACCCCUUUUACAGAAAUUACAAGACAUUUAUAGUCUUAAACAAAGGACGGACAAUCUUCCGGUUCAGUGCAACCCGGGCUUUGGGGCUCCUCAGUCCUUUCCAUCCCCUCAGGAGAACCGCCAUCAAAGUCUCAGUCCACUCCCUGUUCAGUUUCUUCAUCAUGAUGACUAUUGUGGUCAACUGUGUAUUCAUGACCCAAAGUGAAACUCCAUCGACUAUUGAGUAUGUUUUCACAGGUAUUUACACAUUUGAAUCCUUAAUAAAAAUAUUGGCCCGAGGAUUUUGUCUGAAUGAAUUCACCUACCUUCGAGAUCCAUGGAAUUGGCUGGAUUUUAGUGUUAUUUCCCUGGCGUACAUUGCUGAAGUUACAGACCUACGUGGGGUUUCAGCUCUAAGAACUUUCAGAGUGUUCCGGGCUCUGAAAACAGUUUCAGUGAUCCCAGGCUUAAAGGUCAUCGUGGGUGCCCUGAUCCACUCUGUGAAGAAGCUAGCAGAUGUGAUGGUGCUGACAGUCUUCUGCCUGAGUGUCUUUGCCCUUGUGGCCUUGCAACUCUUCAAGGGGAAUCUCAGGCACAAAUGCACUAAGAACUGCACAUUUUUUAACGUGACCAGUGAUCUUUAUGGUGAAAACAAGACAUGGGAUUUCUGCAAAAAUGACUUUGACAACCUUCAAACCAAUUACUUGAUGUACAAGAAUGGCACAAAGGAUUACCUACUCUGCGGCAAUGGCUCUGAAGCUGGGAGCUGUCCCGAAGGCUAUUUCUGCCUAAAGACAGGAGACAAUCCCGAUUUUAACUACACCAGUUUCGACUCCUUUGGCUGGGCUUUCCUGGCUCUGUUUCGCCUGAUGACACAGGAUUACUGGGAGCGGCUCUACCAGCAGACUUUGAGAGCAUCUGGGAAAAUUUACAUGCUCUUUUUUGUGCUUGUCAUUUUUCUGGGAUCCUUCUAUCUGGUCAAUUUGAUCCUGGCAGUUGUGACCAUGGCUUAUGAAGAGCAGAAUAAAACCACAAGUGCUGAAAUAGAAGCAAAGGAAAAGAAGUUUCAGGAGGCCCUUGAGAUGCUCAGGAAAGAGCAGGAGGUCCUGGCUGCCAUGGGGAUUGACACAAGCUCACUUCUUUCCUUUGAAAUGUCACCUCUAGCCUCCAAAAAUGCCAAAGAAAGAAGAAACAAGAUGAAUCAAAUGAAAUCUGAUGAUUCCAUAGAGGAUAAUUCAAGUCCUGUCUCAGAUGCUUGGUCGUCGAGGGUCUUUGCUUUUGAAGCCAGAAAGAAGAAUUCACUGGCAGCCCACACCUUGUCUGCAGAGUAUUUCGAUGAACCAUUCCGAGUGAAAAGGGCAGUGAGUGUAGUCAGUAUCAUUACUUCUGUCCUCGAGGAACUGGAAGAAUCUGAACAGAGAUGUCCCCCUUGUUGGAUCCGCUUUGCUCAGAAGUAUCUGAUUUGGGAAUGCUGUGAGCCCUGGGUGAAGUUCAAAGAUCUGAUAGCCAAUAUCGUGAUGGACCCGUUCACGGAGCUCGCUGUCACCCUCUGCAUCGUGACCAACACCCUGUUCAUGUCCAUGGAGCACUAUAAUAUGACCUCAUCCUUUUCUUCAAUGCUCCAAAUUGGCAAUAUAUUCUUCACAGUGAUUUUCACCGCCGAGAUGGUGCUCAAGAUCAUUGCCUUCCAUCCCUACUAUUACUUCCAAAAGAGUUGGAAUAUCUUUGACAGCGUCAUUGUCACCUUGAGCCUGGUGGAGCUGGGUCUGCCCCAAAAAGCGAGCUUGUCCGUGCUCCGCUCCUUUAGACUGCUGAGGGUCUUCAAGCUAGCCAAGUCCUGGCCAACCUUGAACAAUCUCAUCAAGAUCAUUGGCAACUCUGUGGGAGCCUUGGGCAACCUCACCCUGAUCCUAGCCAUCAUCGUCUUCAUCUUUGCCGUGGUUGGAAAGCAGCUAUUUGGAGAGAGCUACAAUCGACUCCGUAAUGAUGUCACAGGGCAGCUGCCUCGUUGGCAUAUGUGUGACUUCUUCCAUUCUUUUCUCAUUGUGUUCCGAAUCCUCUGUGGGGAAUGGAUCGAGACCAUGUGGGACUGUAUGCAAGCGUCUGAGAUGUACAUGUGCCUCAUCGUCUUCUUAAUGGUGAUGGUGCUGGGGAACCUGGUGGUCCUCAACUUGUUCAUUGCCUUGCUGCUGAAUUCCUUCAGUGCUGACGACUUAGCCUCAGAAGAUGACGGAGAACUGAACAAACUCCAGAUAGCCCUGGCCAGGAUUCAAAAGUUCACGCAUCUCAUAGCGCAGGCCAUUCGGGACUUCUGGGGCAGAAAGCUCAGGACUUCAAAAGCCAAAGAGGAGAAGCAGAAGGCAAUGGUGAAGAUGGCCCUCUUGGAAUCAGGAGCCCCAAACCACGUGGCUGCCCAGGUGCUCACCAAUGUCGGGAGUGUCAAAGAUAACCCAGCUCCCAAUGGGCUGGCCUUGGAGUUAACCAUGUGCCCCAUGAAUGACCAUGGAAAUGUUAUGGUAAAUAGCAACAUGGAGAUCUCAGUCCCAAUGGCAGUGGCAGAAUCUGAUAUUGAAGAUGAGGAGGAGGAGGAGGAGGAGGAGGAGUCAAAUGUGGCAUUAGAAGUGGCUCCAAAACAGAAAGGAGAUGUCACGAGUUGUUCUGAAGGCAGCACUGUGGACAUCCCUGAUCCGGAGAUAAUACUAAAGAAAAUCACGGAUCUUAGCGAGAUCUUGGAGGAGCCUGAGGAUUGCUUCACAGAAGACUGCAUUAGGCUCUGUCCGUGCUGCACAGCAGACACAGGGAGGUUUCCUGGAUCUCUCUUCUGGAACCUGAGGAAGACCUGCUAUCAUAUUGUGGAACACAAUUGGUUUGAGAGUUUUAUCAUCUUUAUGAUUCUGCUGAGCAGUGGAGCCCUGGCUUUUGAAGAUGUUUAUCUGGAGAAAAGGCGCACACUCCAAGCCAUCCUGGAGUUUUCUGACCUGGUGUUCACCUACAUCUUCAUCCUUGAGAUGCUGCUAAAGUGGGUGGCCUAUGGUUUCAAGACCUACUUCACCAAUGCCUGGUGCUGGCUGGACUUCCUCAUCGUGGAUGUUUCGAUGAUAAGCCUCAUAGCAAAUACACUAGGCUACUCUGAUCUUGGUCCCAUUAAAUCCCUCCGGACCCUCCGGGCCCUAAGACCCCUGAGAGCACUGUCCCGAUUUGAAGGCAUGAGGGUGGUUGUAGAUGCCCUGGUUGGUGCAAUCCCUUCCAUCAUGAAUGUCCUUCUGGUCUGUCUUAUCUUCUGGCUCAUCUUCAGCAUCAUGGGAGUGAAUCUCUUUUCAGGAAAAUUUGGCAAAUGCAUUAAUAUCACCCUGGGAGACUUCUCCCCUGUGAAUGUGUCGAUUGCCAAUAACAAGACCCAAUGUAAUGAGCAGAAUAGUUCAGGCCUGUUCUGGGACACUGUGAAAGUCAACUUUAAUAAUGUGGGAAUAGGUUACCUUGCGCUUCUGCAAGUGGCAACAUUUAAAGGGUGGAUGGACAUCAUGUACGCUGCUGUGGAUUCCCGGAAGCAAGAGGAGCAGCCUCUGUGGGAGGCCAACGUGUACAUGUACCUGUAUUUUGUCAUCUUCAUCAUCUUUGGGGGCUUCUUCACACUGAACCUCUUCGUUGGAGUCAUAAUCGACAAUUUCAAUCAACAAAAGAAAAAGAUAAGUGGUCAAGAUAUAUUCAUGACUGAAGAACAGAAGAAAUAUUAUAAUGCCAUGAAAAAACUAGGAUCCAAGAAGCCUCAAAAACCAAUCCCAAGACCUCUGAACAAAUACCAAGGCUUCAUGUUUGAUAUUGUAACCAAACAAGCCUUCGACGUGGCCAUCAUGGUCCUCAUCUGCCUUAAUAUGAUCACCAUGAUGGUAGAGACAGAUAACCAGAGUGAGGAGAAGACCAGAAUCCUCAACCGGAUCAACCAGUUCUUCGUUGCCACCUUCACAGCAGAGUGUGUCCUGAAGGUGUUUGCCCUGAGACAUUACUAUUUCAUCAACGGGUGGAACAUCUUUGAUUUAAUUGUUGUGAUCCUCUCAGUUGCCAGCUUGGUGUUUUCAGGCAUCAUGAAGUCGCUUGAAAGCUAUUUUUCGCCCACGCUCUUCAGAGUCAUCCGCCUGGCCCGCAUCGGCCGCAUCCUCCGGCUGAUCCGCGCAGCCAAGGGGAUCCGCACGCUGCUCUUUGCCCUCAUGAUGUCCCUCCCUGCCCUCUUCAACAUCGGCCUGCUGCUCUUCCUGGUCAUGUUCAUCUACUCCAUCUUUGGCAUGGCCAACUUCGCCUACGUGAGGUGGGAGGCCGGGAUCGACGACAUGUUCAACUUCCAGACGUUCGCCAACAGCAUGCUCUGCCUCUUCCAGAUCACCACGUCCGCUGGCUGGGACGGGCUACUCAGCCCCAUCCUCAACACCGGGCCCCCGUACUGUGAGCCAGAUUUAGAAAACUCCAGUAAGUCCAAAGGAAACUGUGGAAACCCCACGAUAGGGAUAGCCUUCUUUGUCAGUUAUAUCAUCAUCUCCUUCCUCAUCGUCAUCAACAUGUACAUCGCCGUCAUCCUUGAGAACUUCAACGUGGCCACAGAAGAGAGCACAGAGCCACUGAGCGAGGAUGAUUUUGACAUGUUCUACGAGACCUGGGAGAAGUUUGACCCGGAGGCCACUCAGUUCAUUACAUUUUCAGCCCUUUCAGAUUUUGCAGAUGCUCUGACAGGACCUCUGCGCAUUCCAAAACCCAACCAGAAUAUACUCAUCCAGAUGGACCUGCCUUUGGUCACAGGGGACAAGAUUCACUGUUUAGACAUCUUGUUUACCUUUACCAAGAGAGUGCUGGGAGAAUCUGGAGAGAUGGACACACUCAAGGCCCAAAUGGAGGAAAAGUUCAUGGCUGCUAAUCCUUCUAAAGACUCCUAUGAACCAAUUGCAACUACUCUGAGAUCAAAACAGGAAAAUCUGUCUGCCGCCAUCAUACAAAGGGCCUACAGAAAUUAUCUCAUGCACCACUCCCUACGACAGGUCACCACUGCAUGUCCAAAUGAGGCCGGUGAACGUCUAUGUGAGCGGGCCACUGAAGAUGAAGGCUUGAUUGAAUUCAUGAUGAAGGAAGACAGUGAACUUCCAGACAAGUCAGAAACUGCAUCGACCAUGUCUUUCCCCCCAUCUUAUGACAGUGUCACCAGAGGGCUCAGUGAGGAGGGCCGGCUGGAUAUGCCCAACACUGGCCUAAAGGAGGAAGAUGCUAGCUAUGACCUGCUGUCUCAGGACUCGGACAAGGCAUCAUCGAUGUAG